AUGUCAUCAUCAUCCUCGCCAACGGAGGGACAGGGCAAUUCUACCUCGCCCGUCAGAACAACCAUCGACACCACAGACCCAACACCCCGACCACCUUCUCCAGCAGAGACGAUCCAUGCGGCCGAACCUUCAUCUACCACCCCAACUGCCGAUGUAGCUCCUACACGUACCGUUCAACAGGCCUUGCAGCAGAGUAUCAACCGAAAUAGCUUCGAGGAGGAAGUCGGUCAGGUGAUGGGUACUCUGAACAGUUGGUGGGGAGGUGUGAAGAAGCAGUCUGCAUCAGCAUUAACCACCCUAAAAGCGGAUCUAGACAAGACCGUAUCCCAAGCGCAGGCAGACUUAGAAUACCUUCGAACGGCAAAUAUCGAAGUUGUCCGUAAAGACCCAGCAGAGUAUGCUGCCGAGCAAGAAGCUGAGAAGGCCAAGAAGGCAGCGGCAAAAGCAGUCAAGGAGGAAGAAGCGAAAACGAAAGAAAAGGGAAAAGGCAAAGAGAAGGAUUCAACCGAAGAAGAGAGUGCGGCUAGUGCAACUGCCAACAACUUGUUUAAUAAGUUGGGUAUAAAUACUACUCAGUUACAACAGACAUUACAAUCUACUUUGAACGCUGCUAAGAAUAACCCGAACUUGAAAGAUUUAUCGAAUCCUGAACAAUUGAGACAGAAGUUAGCCGAGAACUUGAAGAUAUCAAGUGCGAAAGAGAAUUUACAAUUAUCAAUCCAUCAAGCUGAGAAAUUAGCUGAAGAAUAUUUGAAGAAAUCUGAAGGAUUUUUGAAAGAUGCUGAAAAAUGGGUAGAAGAUAAUGUAAAGGUCUUACCACCCGAUUCGCAACAAUCAGAAGGAGGAAAUGAUGUGAACGAACAUAUGGUCUGGGAUGGUAGUGAUUUCUACUCUUUCUCUACUUCUUCACCUGCUACCAAAACUACUUUCGAUAACAACACAGGUGCGAUGGGUAAACCAAAGUCGAAACCUAUUUCCAGUCUGGCAUUGGCGACUUCCCGAAAAGAUGCUCUGUUAAGAAGGUUAAGGGAAGAUAAGAAGCUUUUGAUGGUUGAUCCUCAAGGUGAUGAUGAGAGUGAAGAGAGAAGGAAGGAAUUCGUGGAUUGGGUUCAAGAACAUUACGAAAAUCAGAAGAAGGAUUUGAGAGAACAGGAGGAAGGGAACGCAGGUGGGAUAAGAAUGGAAUUGGUUCCCGAACAUCUUACGGAUGAGCAAUUCUGGCAAAGAUACUUGUUCCACAAACAUAUGAUCGAAGGUGAAGAGCAGAAAAGGAAGGCUUUACUUCAGGCCACUACGCAAGAGGAAGAAACAGACGAUUUCAACUGGGACGACGAACCUGAAGAAUCACCCGUUACAGCUUCAGCUUCAGCUUCAGUUCCCGCUGCUACUAACGAUACAGCAGAAGUCACACCUAAGAUCGAAAAUGACGGUAAAAUACCUUCAUCAUUACCUAAAUCCAUCACUUCCACGUCGACCAGUCCAAGAGAUUCCGAAGAGAGUUACGAUGUAGUCAGUGAUCAAGGUAAUGUAGCUGGUAAGAAACCUGCUGUUGAGCCUGCGACUACAGGUACGACGGCUCCUGUGAAUGAGGAUGAUGAUGAUUCCGAUUGGGAGUAG